UCCUGGGAUGCUGCCUGACCCGCUGUGCUUUUUCAGUGCCACACUUUUCCAUUCAGAAAGUCAGCACAAUCAGCCAAAUGGCUUCCCAUUGUGCCAAAUCUGACUUUCUGUGAUAUUUCUGUCAUGGGUCCUCAGAAGGGUGGCAAUAGGUGGCUUGCUCAUCUCAAGAGCUGGUAUUGACAUGACAGGCUGAAUGGCCUCCUUGCUGUUCUUUGGGAACAUAAGAUACCUAUAAAGGGGUAUGGAUAGGUUGUGAGAGGGAGGAAAGUUUUGAAGUAUAGUGGGAAGUGUACAAUUGCUCAUUUUAGCGGAGAGUAUAACAAAGUAACAUAUUAUCUAAACGGUGAGAGGUCGCAGAGCUCUGAGGCACAGAGGGAUCUGGGUGUGCCAGUGCAUGACUCACAGAAGGUGGGUGUGCAGGUACAGCAAGUAAUCAGAAAUGGUGGGGUUUGUUGUGAGGUGGAAUCAAAUGCAAGAGUAGGGAUUUUGUGCUUCAAUUAUACAGGGCAUUUGUGAGACCCUGCACUGGCCCCCAUACUUACAGAAGGAUGUUAAAGUAUUGGAAACAGUUCAGGGAAAGUUUAUUAGACCCUGCAGGGGAAACCCGGCAGGUCUGACAGCAUUUAUGGAGGGUAGGUAGAGUUAAGUUUGAGGAAGGUUGAAUCCGGUGCCCUUCCUUCAGAAAUUUCUGUUCCAGAUUUCUAAAAACUGCAGUUCUUAGUUUUAUUAAGUUAACCCUAGGAUGAGUGGACUGCCUUCUGUGGAAGGGCUAGACAGGCUGAGCCUGUACCCUCUGGAGUUUAAAACAGUCAGAGGCAGCUUAAUUAAAACAUAUAAGAUCCUGAAGGGAUUUGACCGGAUGGAAAUGGAAAGGAUGCUUCCUCUUCUGGGAAAAUCGAAAACUAAGGGGAUCAGAGUUUGACAAUAAGGGUCAACCAUAUAAGACAGAGAAGAGGAAAAAGAAAUUCUCUUAAAAGGUUGAGUGUUUGAAAUUUCCUUCUUCAAAAGUUAGUGGGUGCAGAACCUUUAAUUAUUCUUUAAGGCAGAGACAGAUAGAUUCUUGAUGACCAAGGGGAUGAAAGAUUAUUAGGGGAUGGUAUAGGAAUGUAGCGCUGAGGUUAAAAUCAGACUGGCUAUGAUCUUAUUGAAUGGCGGGGCAGACUCGAAGGGUAACUCUUAUUUGUAAGGUCAAGUUUUUGAUGCAGUAAAUUAUCGUGAUCUGGAACACAGUGCCUGCAAAGGGCAGUGGAAGCAGAAUCAGUUGGAACUUUCGAAAGAACAUCGACUACAUAUUGGAAAAGGAAGUAAAACAGGGCGUUAAUGAAAAAGGAGUGUCAAGUAAUUGAUUUACUCUUUCAAAGAGCCAUCACAGGCGCAAUGGGCCAAAUGGCCUGCUUCUUUGUAGGAAGAUUUAUUGCAAAGACCAUAUCUGUUCAUUUUUCUGUAUGUUUGGUUGUGGAUUGAAAUGGGAAGAAGUCUAUUUUUAAAAAUAGGGGUAGUGGAUGCUGGCGUACGUUUCCUGUCCCUGGAGAGAGAGGAAGCAGUGCGUCAGUGGAUAACGUUAAUUUUGUGGACAUCAGAGGAAACGGAUGCAUUUAUUUAGCACUUCUCGCAAUCAGCAAACGCCUCAACGCAAUUUACAGCCAGUGACGUCUCUUUGUUUUCACUGUUGCAAUCUGGGAAAUGCAACUGCCGAUUGGUGAAGCUCGCUCCCACACCAAACCCCUAACCAAACAAACCAUAGAAUUGCGGAUGCUGGAAAUCAGAAACAGAAAAACUCAGCAGGUCUGGCAGCAUGGAUGAGACUAUUUCCAGCAAUGUCUGUUUCUCUGGAAUAUUUCAUGAGCAGGCAAAUAGGAAUGUGAUUUAAUGUUACUUCUGACAGUGUCGUACUCCCUCAGCGCUGCACUGGAGUCUUAUCCUCAACCUUUGAACUCAAGUCCUCGAGUGGCACCUGAUCCUAAACUCAGUGUUCAUCUUGAUCUCACAAAAAUAAAUUGAAGGCUUACCUUCUGGUUAUUGGAUCCCUCUGGAUGACGGUGAGGAGCCAGGACUUGGCAGAAAAUGAAUCAUAGCGCCUUGAGGCAUACUGAGUUCAUCCUGCAAGGUGUCCCUAAUGGUGAUGGGCAUGACCUCGUGAUAUUCAUCUCCUUUCUCUUGGUGUAUAUUGUCAUCAUUGUAGCCAACCUGACCAUCAUGUUCCUGGUGAAGACUGAGUCCAAUCUCCACAGUCCCAUGUAUUACCUGCUCUGCAUCCUUGCUGGCAUUGACAUCAUCCUCAGUAGUGUGACCAUCCCCAAGAUUUUAGCCAUGUAUUCAUUGCAAUCCAAGAUUAUAUCGCUGGAGGCGUGUGUCACCCAGAUGUUUUUUGUCUACUGCACAGCAUUAAGUGAAUCGACGCUUCUGGUGGCUAUGGCCUAUGACCGAUAUGUGGCCAUUUGCCAUCCAUUUAACUACCACAAGCUGAAGCUCCGCUAUGUCCUGUCUGCUGUGGCCCUGAUUAUUUUCCUCCGAGCCAUGUUGUUUGUUGCAGUGGCAGCCUUACUGACCCAAGCUACUUACUGCCGCUCCAAUUUUAUCCAGAAUUGCUACUGCAAUUAUGGCUCUCUCUCCAAGCUGGCCUGCCAAGGCGUGACAGUAAGUGAUGCCAUCACCUACCCCCUGUCCUUCCUCAUCACCUUACCGGACAGCUCCCUCAUCAUCUUCUCUUACUUCAAGAUUUUCAAAGUGGCCUUCCAUGCCGGCCAGGGAGAAGCGCGCAGCAAAGCACUCAAUACCUGCACCAGCCACUGUUGUGUCCUGAUGCUGUUCUACACCAGCGCUCUCUUCGAGUUCACCAUGUACCUGGUCCCCAGCAUCUUCUCUUCCGAACUGCACUUUGUAGUGGCUGUCACCUUUGCUAUCUUCCAACCCAUCUUCAAUCCCAUCAUCUAUGGUGUGAGGACAAAGGAAAUCAGGAAUAGCUUCCUCAAGCUGCUGGGAAGAAGGAGAGUUACAGACGGAUCAUGAAUGAGUUCAAAUAAGGGCCGAGUGGUAUUAUUGUUAGACUAUUGAUCUAGAGUCCGAGGUAAUGCUCUGUGGAUUGGGGUUCAAGUCUGGAAUUUGAAUUCAGGAAUAAAAGCACUGAGAUUAUGGGGGAAAACCAUACGGAUAACUAAUAACUUUUAGUGAAGGUUAUGUAUUGCCCUCAUUUGGUCUGGCUUACAUGUGACUCCAGACCCAUAACAGCAUGAAUGAUGUUUCUACUGCUUUUGGGGCAAUUAGCAAUGAGCAAUAAAUGCUGGCCUGGCCAGUGAUACCUACAUCCUAUAAAUGAAUAAAGAAAACACUGCUCUUAAAUGGCCUGUCUGCAGUGACGUUGGGCACUGAACGAGAGUGACCUUCAGAUUCAGCAAUGUUGGAGGGAUGGGGGUGUCAACCUGUCUGAUUUUCUUCAGUCCCCAGUUUGAAAUAAGGAACAUAAGAUUUAGAAACAAUUGUAGGCCAUUUGGCCCAUCAAGCGUGCUGCACUAUUCAAUAAGGUCCUAGCUUAUCUGUGUGAGGUCUCAUUUCCACUUUUUGGACUAUCCUCCCUCCCAAAAAUAACAUUCAAAUCUAAAAUGUAUCAAUAUCAGCCUUGAAUUAACUUAAAGACCCAGACCACAGUAACUCCACAUAUGAGUGACCCUCUGAGAGAACAUGAAAUCUCCUCAUCUUUUUCUUAAAUGGGAGACCCCUUACUCAUAAACUAUGUCCCCUAGUUUUCAUCUCCUUCACGUUUCACAACCAGUAUGACUCUUUUUCAGAAUUGUUCCAAACUUGAUUUAUUCACUCUGUUUGUCUCUCCACAGAUGUGGCCAGACCUGCUGAGUUUCUCCAGUAUUCCCUGCAUUUGUUCAUCUCAAGUUCAGUUUUGUUUGGACCAAGUCUGAAAUGAGUUCAGGAACAGUGCAUCCUGUGGUCAGAAAACCUGCCUGUCAGACUAAUUAUUACACCUGAAAGGAAUGAAUGCAACUAGAAUACAAACGCAAUCAUGUAAAUAUAUGAAAAGGACAGAGGUGAAAGUGGGAGAACAAUGUGCCAAAACCCUAGACUUAUCUCUUCACUGGUGCCUACGUGUGAGUGGUCUUCAGGAACUGUGCUUGAAAACAAGAGGUUCAAACUUCACAGCACCAGAACACAGAGAUAAGACCCCAUGGUAUUAGGGGCAAGGUACUGGCAUGGUUAAAGGAUUGGCUGACUGGCAGAAGACAUAGUGUGGGGAUAAAA